AUAUUGAUAAUGUGUUUUUUUUCAGAGAAAAUGGGAAAUGGAAAUGGUCGGUAUAACUACAAAGAUCUGAAUAAGAAUGAACUAUUAAAUCGUCUUGUAAGUAAAGAAGUGUUAACACCCUCAGAUCCUUUCUGGAAUUCUCUUCUCUCUUUCAACCACCUGCCCCCUCAAUCCAGAGAUGAUUGGAAAAUAUUAGAGGAGAAUACAGAGGAAAUGCUGAAAAGAUUUCUAAUCAGUAAUCUGAAAACCAAAAACUUCAGUUCACUUAUCAAACUUCUUCUACUUCGACGUUCAGAAUUAGAAGCCUCAGUAGAAACCGAGAACCAUGUUUACAUAUGGCAGACAUGCAAUGCUUUGUAUUUGGUUCGUGUGAUUGUCAAGUUUAUGACAGAAAGGAUAAAGGAGGAGGAGCUCGUUAAGCAGUUUAAUGAUGAGGACUCCUCCGAGAUAUUCAGCAGAUUUCUGGCAUCACUCGUUACCUUGCUCAUUGAGAUUCCAAUCAAGUCCUCCACCUACUAUCUCCACCUUGAAGGAACUAAGGUCUUAAUAGUUCUUCUCUCCUCACCAGUAUUCACAUGCUCAAAACCUACACAUCAGAUACAGAGCUGGAAACAGAUGAUGACCGGAGAUUUAAGUGAAUUAAGUGUUCCUUUGACCAGUACACUACUCCUCCGCUAUAUUGAACAAGCUGUUGCUCCCCCCGACCCCCUUGGGCAGGCAGGGGGAAGUCUGGUAUUAGGAUUCCUUAAUAUUCUAACCCUGGGGUAUGCGUCCUCUGGCUCAGGGGACUUUAGAGGUCCUAUCAAACCUUUAGCGGAGUGUUCAUUGUCCUUGUUAAUGAUCCUUCAAAAUCAUUAUACAGAUCCUUCCCUUCAUAAUCCAUACAGGACAGCACUUUUCAGCUGUUCUAAUUCAUCAGGCCGAGGAGGAGAGAUAGCUCCCGGAACAAGUUUUGUUAUUGAAUUUAUUCAGCUUUACAAAACCUUAUCCAAUACUUUACAGAACGAUGAGCCUACUCUGCUCCUCUACCUGCUUCUACUCAAGUGCUCCUCCUUCCGAAACUACGUGUUUGCUGCAACAGAUAUUGAUCAACUAGUGCUUCCAAUCCUACAGACUCUUUAUGGAGCCCCUGAAUCCAACAGUCAUCUUACAUACAUGUCUCUUAUAAUUAUUCUUAUACUCUCAGAAGACGACCUUUUUAACCAGACAAUCCAUGGAUGUGUACUACGGGGUGCACAGAUUGGUUGGUACACGGAAAGGUCAUGUACUGAUCUGUCUCUAGGUGGUCUCGUGAUACUUGUAGUCAUUAGAACAAUCCAGUACAAUAUGCUAAAGAUGAGGGACAAGUACUUGCACACUAACUGCCUGGCUGCCUUGGCUAACAUGUCUGCUCACUGUACCAACCUUCAUCCAUAUGUAGCACAGAGAAUAGUAUCUUUAUUUGAAACAUUAGCUAGGAAACACACGAGGUUGGUGAACGGUCUCAAGGGAUUAGAGUCAGAGGAUACAGAGGAUGGAUUCGACGAGGUGAGUGAUGCUGUCCAAGAUGCAGCUGUACUGGAGGAGGUUCUCAGGAUGGUUCUAGAGAUCAUCAAUAGUUGUUUCAUUCAUCAGAUUCAGAACAAUCCAAACCUAAUCUAUGCUGUCCUCUACAAGAAAGAAAUGUUUGAGUUAUAUUCCAAGAAUCCGGCUUUUCAGGAUCUUCUCCGGAAUAUCCUGGUUGUCCUGACCUACAUGGCGAGCAGGGUAGACCAGGAGACUGAACGCCGAGGUCGAGGUCUAGAGGUCUCGGAGGUCCAGCAGAUUGUUAGGGAGGGUGCUCAUCAGUUCCCAAGAGAAAGACUUGCAAUGUAAGUUCGUUUCUAUAAUGUGUCAAAAUGGAAAAUUAAUCAUGCCAAGCUAUACGCA